UUUCCCCCAUUUUUAUUUGCUUGCAUUCAAUAUAGACAUGGAGAUGAGAAGGAGAUGGGAAGACAUGGAAAUAGACUGCUUGGUGAGCAUCUUCAGAAGGUUAGGCCUUGAUGACAUGGUUCUUGGUGUUCCUUUUGUCUGCAAAUCAUGGCACAAAGCUUCUCUUGAUCCUCACUGCUGGAAAGUUCUCAACUUUAGCUCACUAGACUUCAUGCCAUGGAGCCACUUUGCUCACAGAUUCACAUCUCUCUACUCCCUCAAAUCUCUCUCAGUCAUCAACUUCAUGAAACUAGUUCUUCACCGGAGUGCCGGCUUUGCCAUCGAGCUCUUCUUCCCUCCAUGGCUUGAUGCAGCUCUAGCUCAGCUUACCAGCUUCUGCAAUGAGUGUUCAAGAUUGAAGAUCAUUGUUUUACCUCGUCUGCUUUCACAAGAUGAGAUGAUGAUACCUGAGUUUGUAGCAGGGUUUAAAGAGCUUGAAUAUUUGGAAAUGCAGUGCAAGCCAAGAUGUUUUUUGGAAGUAGUGAAGGAGAUCAAUCUGAAGUGCAGAAAUCUAGUGGGGUUAAGCAUGACAGGGUAUGUGAAGCAUGAAGAUGCAUUGGCAAUGGUUAAUCUUAUUCCCAAAUUGAAGUACUUGAAUUUGAGCAAGUCAUACAUGGAGAAAGAGUCAUUGAUGGUGAUUGUAAAUGGGUGUAGGAAUUUGGAGAGGUUGGAGGUCAAGGGUUGUUUUGCUCUUGAAAUUGAUGAUGAGAUUUUGAGAAGAGCUUCUUAUAUCAAAACCUUCAAAUAUGAAGGUUGUAGAACUGCACAAGAGUAUUUUGAUGACUCUGAAGAUGAUGAUAUUUUAGUCAUGUAAUGUAACCUGCUGAAUUUUGUAUUGUUUUUCCUGUUUU